CUAUUGUUCCCGGAAGUAAGGCAGUAAUUUAGCUUUCAUUCUCAGACGUCAUUGUUGUUUAACGCGUUUCCCUUCUAAUACUAGUUAAAUGUAAUUCUGUUCAGCGUUUAUGGCAUAUGGUUCGGAUGACACGAUCUUUGGUGUGAAUCUGUGUUAUUGAGUGGUGUGUGUGUCUGCUCUGAACACAUGAGUGUGUCUCUGGUUGUGAUCAGACUCGAGCUCGCCGAUCAGUCUGAUUCCCCUCACGGCUUUCAGUACUGCGCCGUUUCAGAGAUGUCAGAGGAGGAGAUGAGAGAGAAAGCGCUGGCCUCCGCUAGAGCGACGCUGGGCGGUAAACCGGAGCUGGAGCGAGCGGCCGUCCUCCACCAGCACCUGGGCAGCCGCGUCAUGAGCGACAUGGUGAUCGAGACCUUCCAGCCCAGCGCAGUUGAGGACGGUAAAGAAGAUCUGAAGUCCACAGAUGACGGAAACGGAGAAGCUAAAGAUCAAAUGGACGUGAGCGGUACUCCAGACUCUCCCUCCAAACAGCUGCCGGAUCAGAUCUCCUUCUUCAGCGGAAACCCGUCAGUGGAGAUCGUCCACGGCAUCAUGCACCUCUACAAAACAAAUAAGAUGACGUCGCUCACAGAGGACAUGCGGCGCAGCGCGAUGCUGUGUAUCCUCACCGUACCCACCACCAUGACCAGCCAUGACCUCAUGAAGUUUGUGGCUCCCUUCAAUGACGUCAUGGAGCACAUGAAGAUCAUCCGGGACUCCAUGCCCAACCAGUACAUGGUGCUGGUCAAGUUCAGGAGUCAGGCCGAUGCCGACAGCUUCUACACAGCAUGCAAUGGCCGUCAGUUCAACUCCAUUGAGGAUGCUGUCUGCCAGUUAGUCUAUGUGGAGAGAGCGGAAGUCAUCAAAUCUGAAGAGGGGGCCAGUUUACCUGUGAUGGAUCUGACUGAGCUGCCCAAGUGCACCGUGUGUUUGGAGCGCAUGGACGAGUCCGUCAACGGCGUGUUGACCACCCUGUGCAACCACAGCUUUCACAGCCAGUGUCUGCAGAGAUGGGAGGAUGCAUCGUGUCCUGUGUGCAGAUACUGUCAGACUCCUGAACCCGUGGAGGAGAACAAGUGUUUUGAGUGUGGAGUGCAAGAGAAUCUGUGGAUCUGUCUUAUCUGCGGUCAUAUCGGCUGCGGACGCUACGUUAGUCGUCAUGCCUACAAGCACUUUGAGGAAACGCAGCACACUUACGCCAUGCAGCUGACCAAUCAUAGGGUCUGGGACUAUGCUGGAGGUGUGUGAUGUCAGAGCAAAGAUGCUAGUGGAAUUCUGUUGAUGUGCAGUCG